ACAGAGAUAGAGGAGAGUUUCUGACCUCACUGUCCACAGGAAUGAUGCUGGAUCAGGUUGUGCUGUUAGCAGCUGUCACAGUGUUGGGAAUGCUGGAACAAGCGUACUUCUCUCUAAAGGUGAUCUACGCGCGGAGAAAGCACUCGGUCUCUCCACCUGCCACUACCGGACCUCCGGAGUUUGAGCGGAUUUUCCGAGCCCAAGCAAACUGUUCGGAGUAUUUCCCCAUAUUUAUUUUCUCGCUUUGGAUGGCUGGAGUUUUCUUCAGUCAAGCAUUGGCUGUGUUGUUCGGGCUCCUGUACCUCUAUGGACGGUAUCUGUACUUCCACGGCUAUGCGGAGUCAGCUCAGGGCAGACUGGAGCCGCUAUACUUCAGUGCAAAGAUGCAAUGGGUGCUGAUCGGUCUGUCCGGGCUGGGGGUCGUCUGCACCAUGACGCAGGCCUAUCUGGGACUGGACCUGCUGCACUCCUUUAGUCAUGUUCUGGGCCUGACCGAACACACAUGAAAGCAGAAGUGCUGGAGGUCUGCAGGAAGCUGAAAAUAAGGAAAGCUUUAAGCACCUGCAAUGGCAUACGUGAUGAAACGA